UGGGCAAGAAGGAGCUGCUUAACAAGAGACACAGGAAGACAGGUAGAUCUGCAGAGAGCGGAAUCAUCCACAAAGGUUCAACACCAACCUCCAUCUGCAAAGCUUCAUCUCCCUGCUUCUCUACCUAUCCUUCAGUAUGGUGGCAGAAAACAAGUGACUGUUUGGCAAGUGACACGGGUUUCAAGUGGAAAGACAGUCCUGCGAGAGGAGAAGCAGCCAUCAAGACAAGUUUGACAUUUGUUUUACGAGGAGUCACGCGAUAGAAAAUGAGGUUUCGGUUACACAAAAAGAAUCUGCUUGCGCUGCUGGGUGUUUCCUUCGCAGUUGUGACUCUCCUGUCUUCAACACGUGUGCUAUUAGUUUCCGACAAUGACACCAGUGGAAUUGGUCAUGUUCCAUGUGUGAAGUUUAACUUCGGUUCCCUCCUACUAUUGACUCAGUCAAUUUACAGUGCCAAUUACAAGCAGUGUGUUCAAAAUGCAGAUAGGUUUCCAGGGGAGCCUCAGCUGGUGCUGGUUGUGCAGGUCCACAACAGGCCUGAGUACCUCAGGCUGCUCAUCAAGUCACUGGAGAAAGCUGCUGAGGUCCACAGCUUCCUCCUCAUCUUUAGCCAUGACUAUUUUUCAGAGGAAAUAAACGCCAUUGUGCAAGGGAUAACUUUCUGCAAAGUACUGCAGAUUUAUUUCCCUUUCAGCACUCAGCUGUAUCCAGGAGAGUUUCCUGGGCAGGAUCCACGAGACUGCCCUCGGGACAUAUCCAAGGCCGACGCUCUCAAAACAGGAUGCCGCAACGCAGAACACCCGGACUCCUAUGGACACUACAGGGAGGCCUUCAUCACUCAAACCAAACACCACUGGUGGUGGAAGCUGCACUUUGUGUGGGAGCGAGUGCAGGCGAUGCAGGGCUACACUGGCUUUGUACUCUUUCUGGAGGAGGACAACUACAUCUUACCUGACUUCUUCCAUUUCUAUAAAUUAAUGAUUGAGUUCAAAAAGAGCAGCUGCCCAGACUGUGACAUGCUGGCUUUGGCUAACCACAAUGGCCUGACUGAUUUUAACACACUGACCAAUAAGGUGUUGACCACUGGGUGGAUGUCCACUAAACACAACAUAGGCAUGGCCAUCUCCAGGGAGGUGUAUUACAAACUGAUGGGCUGCAACAACGAGUUCUGCACCUACGACGACUACAACUGGGACUGGACCCUGAGGUACCUCUCGGGAACCUGCAUAUCAAAGCCCCUCAAAGUGCUCGCGGCACAGGGCUCCAGGGUUCUCCACACAGGAGACUGUGGCCUUCACCAGAAGGAAAACUGCAGGCCCGAAUGGGCCUCACAGAAGGUCGAGGAGGGCCUUCAAGCGGCCAAGGAGGGCCUCUUUCCGCCAUCUCUUGUUCUUAGUGGUGCAGAGGCAGUGGAGCACAAGGCGCACAUGAAGAACGGAGGAUGGGGAGACGUUCGAGACCAUAUUCUGUGCAUUAACUACGGCAAACGUCUUUGAACUAUAACUUUUCUCUAAGUAAUGUGGGUAAAAUGUUCAUUGGUAUUCUGCAGAUGUGCCAUUCAUACACAACUUUUCAGGGUUUCAGAGGUUGCGGUGUGUUGGGUUUUCUCUUUGAGGGUCUUCCUGCGAGGUCUUCCAAGAAGUAGGACCAAAUCAAGUCCACGCAUGUUGCAUGCACACAGCGAGACUUGGACUUCUUUCUUAAAUCUUUUAUUUUCAUUCACCAAAGCUGCAAAGUUGCCAAAGACUCUUGUUAAUAUUUGUGAUAUGUAUAAUCAUGCUGGCUCAGUCACGCUGUUCAAUUUCAUGUGACCAGGUUUGUUUAUCUCUGGGUGUCUUACAGGCCAAAACAUUAGAUUAGAUUUAUUGCACAGGGAUGGGAAACAAGAGUAAACCAUAUCAGUGUGCAUAUUCACACACACACACACACACACACACACACACACACACACACACACACACACACACAUUUUCACUUAUAUAUUUACAAAUAUAUUUCCUUAGCUGAGAACAGCACAGGAUGUUAAUUAAAAGGUUCAGUGGGUUGGUUUGUGGUGAAUUCAUGUCAUACUUUCAUGAACCAUCUUGUUGCUAUGUUUUAAAAAAAAAUUUAAUGGUACAGUUUCAAGUGCAACAACAAAAAAGGCACGUGUAAUGUACUGUCUGUACAUUACACGUGCCUUUUUUGUUGUUGCAUAGGUUUAUUGAAAAUGUGUAUGACAAUCCGAAAUAUUUGGGAAGGUUGAGGUUUAUACAGUAACUGUUUCUUUGAAGUUGAUCUUUAAUGUCAAAAUGAUAUCAUGUACAUAAUGGCAUACGUGUUACUGAAUGUAACCUUCAGCUUCUGUCUGCUAUAACCAGGGGUCUUUAUUUUUUCAGUUUUUGAGGUGAGGUCAACUGACACCACUUCAAUCAGUCUCCUACUCCCUGCUGGAUUGAUCCCUGGUUGCAACAAUGAGAGCUGGCCUGAUACGGCAUUUUCUUUUAGUUGUGAUUGUGUAUUUGCUUUCUGAUUGGUGAAAUGCGACCUUUUUGGAGUAUUGUUCUGAGAGAUUUCGUUUAGAAUAAAUUGUACUGAGAUUUUAUAAGAAGGAAAGACAGAUGUGUUUCUUCUGGCAUUAUUUUUAAUAGCUAGUGACACUUAUUAUUAAAUAGUCAAACUAUAGUUGAAGCUGCCUUUUUACAGUGUAAAGUAAUGACCGCAUGAACACAUUAUCAGCCUUAAAGCUGACCAUAAGUGCGUUCCUUACUUUGUGCCUAAAGUUGUUUAAAAGAGAUUUUUGAAGGAGCACUGAUAACAGAAUACUUCUAUGCAUGUGUCAGUGCUGGGGACUUGUAGUUCUCCUGAUAGAUAUUUUUGUAGUGUCUGUAUUCAUGAGAUUUUUGAGGGAAAAUGGAAUGUGAAUGUUAAUUUCACACAAAUCUUCACCGUACAGUCAGGUAAAAGGAUUGCCGCACUCGUAAGAGGUGACAACAGCUCCAGAAGAGUGGUUCAACCUCAUGUUGGUGCACCUGAGCGUGCCUUAUGGAGAUUACUGCUCAAGAAAUACAAAAAGAAUGUGAUAAUGAAAUCGAUGAUCUUCUAUUUUAUGUUGAAAAGUACAAUCAGUUCUUAAGGGCCGUGGCAAAGGGGGCCUUAUACACAAAGAUGAUUUGUGACAAUGACAUGUCACUCACAUGUACGGGAUGUUUGAUGAUUCCUCAGUUGGUGAGAUGUACAGUUGCUGAGAAUAAGACCAACUGUUUUUUUGCUUGUUUCUUUCUGAUAAUCACUUGAAAUAGAUGUUCACUGUUUACUCAAUGUUUGCCAAAUGGGGGAAAAAAAUAAAAGGCUGAAAUUGCA